GUCUACAUCUCAGGACCUUCACCUUCUGUCCCCCAUCUCUCAUUAUCUUGCCCCCCCUGCUUGCUUUUUCAAAUGUCUCUCUUCCAUGAAAACACGAACAUUGGCCCGACGGACUCUCUGGUGCAUCUUUGUCACAGCGGUCCUAUGUGCGAUUGUCAUUUCGAUUUUUUUGAUUUAUCGCAAAGAAGAUAGUGCGCGCUCGGUAUUAGAAGUUGGACCGCAGGGCAGAUCCCAUCCGAGGGAUUAUAUCCGCGUGGUCAGGAGUGUGGCCAGUGUUGAUUUCGAGGAUAGGAACUUUCGAGUCCACUUUGAGUUCACGCCUCAUGAGAUCUUGGCAGGGGACGACGACAUUCUUUCCUCGGGGAUUGUAAUAUCGUUGUUUUAUGCGACGCUGUCCUUAUCCCACGGACUCCUUCGCAGCUGCCAAGGACGAAACUUUAAUGGAGUUGUAGAGUUGGAAUUAUGAGCUAGAAGAGGACCUGUAUCGGGGUUGGAAGUAUUGGAGAGGAUCAACCAUACCUCAUACCCUACAAUAGACCGACCAUAACUUCCGACGUGUCGAACGAAAGGCAUGUCCCAUUACAAGUGCAGGACAGCAGGGGCAAUAGCA